GAAUUUCCAUAAUAGUCUGAUCGAAGGAACACGUGGCGGAAAGACGAAGAGAUUUCUCAAAUGAUCCCCCACUUAUAAAAGGCGAGGUGUUGUCGCUUUCUUCUAGCUGUUGUUGUUGCCACCAGUCACUCUCUCGCUUCAGUUACUCUUUGCUUCCUCUUUGAUUCUUCGCAUUUCGCGUCGAAUCCACGGGCUUCCUCUUCGUAGUUGUCGGGAAAUCACAAAUGGCGAGUGAAAUCAGGUUCUUCGAGUUGAACACCGGAGCCAAAAUUCCGUCGGUCGGUUUGGGAACUUGGCAGUCUGAACCUGGCCUCCUCGGCGCUGCUGUUGCUGCCGCCGUCAAGAUUGGAUACCGCCAUAUCGACUGUGCUCAAAUAUACGGAAACGAACAGGAGAUUGGGUUGGUUUUGAAGAAGCUGUUUGAAGAUGGUGUGGUGAAACGAGAGGAGUUAUUUAUCACCUCGAAACUCUGGUGUACUGAUCAUGCACCCGAAGAUGUACCGGCAGCAUUAGACCGAACUUUGCAGGAUCUUCAGCUUGACUAUGUUGAUUUAUACCUUAUCCAUUGGCCAAUUCGGAUGAAGAAAGGGUCAGUUGGUUUUAAGCCUGAAAACCUACUUCAGCCGGACAUACCUAGCACAUGGCGAGCAAUGGAAGCACUCUAUGACUCUGGUAAGGCUAGGGCUCUUGGUGUUAGUAAUUUCUCUUCAAAGAAAUUGCAGGAUUUGCUGGAGGUGGCACGUGUUCCUCCAGGUGUUAACCAGGUUGAGUGUCAUCCUUCAUGGCAGCAGACUAAGCUACGUGAACUCUGCAAAUCCAAGGGCAUUCACUUAUCGGGAUACUCCCCUCUGGGUUCUCCUGGCACAACAUGGCUCAAGAGUGAGGUUCUUAAGCUUCCAAUUCUAAAUAUGGUUGCACAGAAAUUAGGCAAAACUCCUGCACAAGUUGCUCUUCGCUGGGGACUGCAAAUGGGUCAUAGUGUGCUUCCCAAGAGUACGCAUGAGGAGAGGAUCAAGGAGAACUUUGAUGUCUUUGACUGGUCUAUUCCUGAGGACUUAUUUGCCAAGUUUUCUGAAAUUGAACAGGCACGACUGGUCAGGGGAAAGUCAUUUGCCCAUGAGACUCUCAGUCCAUACAAGUCUGUUGAAGAACUUUGGGAUGGUGAGAUUUGAGCAGUUGAAUACUGGAUCAAUGGAGUAUUAGAUAGAUCAAAGAAGAAAGGAGAAACUAUUUGGGGUGGGAAAAAAUGAACACAGGGAGGUUUUAGGUGUUCUUUCAUUUUAUGUAUCAGCAACUAGCCAGCGAACUACUAUGGUCAAUGCACCAUAUUGUGCUUGAAAACCAUAUCAUAUAACCAUUAAAUAGAUCUUGAUCUUGA